AUGGGCCUUAUCACAACAAGAGUGGCCGUUGCCACGCUUCUCUGCAGCACCAUGGCUACCGCACACGUCCACGAAGUCAGCAAAAUACAGCAAGGAGAUGCCGUCUCCCAGGAUCCGAUUGAUUCGGUGCUAUGGACACACAUCUUGGUACAGUCGCUCGCGUGGGGCAUCAUCUUCCCCACGGGAAUGGUCUUGGGCAUAAUACGAUCCAAAUGGCACGUUCCCGUACAAACACUCGGCUCUAUCCUCGCAAUCAUCGGAUACUUCCUAGCUCACCACCAUGGUGGCAGACAGUUUUCCCCUGACAACAUCCACGCUAGAUUUGUUCCCGUCAUCAUGCUCAUGUUGAUUUCCCAGAUUGUAAUGGGCGUUUACCUAAAGCUUCAUCUCGAGAAAGGCAUCAACGGAAAGAUUCGCAAAGUGGUAGUAAAGGUGCACGGAGUGGUCGGCAAGGCUCUGCCAGUCAUAACAUGGGUUCAAUUCCUUUUCGGAGGCAUCACAGCCCUGGGUUUCUGCAGGGCCGAUCAUACCGGACAGUGCCUGGCUCACUUCAUCAUGGGUAGUGCCUUCAUCGCAUACGGCAUCAUUCUCUUGAUCUUGCUUUUGGUUGGACAGAUGUGGCUGCGGAGAACAGGCAGGAGCCAGGAAUUCUUUGAUUCGAUUGUCAUUGCCGCCUGGGGCUGUGUCAACACCUUUACCGAGCACCGAUGGGGACACCCGUGGGUUCACAACGACCUUCAACAUACAUCCAUGGGCAUUGUGUGGUGGGCAGCCGGUCUGGUCGGUAUCUGGCUCAGCCGAAAGCGAAAUGGACAGCCCAAGCGCAACUUGAUCCCGGGUACCGUCAUUCUCAUGACUGGAUGGGCCAUGUCGGCGCACCCCCAGCAUCUGCCUCUUUCGACUAUGAUUCAUACCGUCUUUGGAUACACCCUGAUGGCUGCGGGCGCUGCACGUAUCAUUGAAAUUUCGUUUGUGCUCAAGGACAGGACAUCCGUCACUUCCGAUGGCUCAGACCCCAACAGUUUCCAGUACAUGACGCCGUUCCUGCUUAUGGCUGGUGGAUUCAUGUUCAUGGGUGCUACCGAAGAGCAGAUGCAGCUUCUUUCUGAUGCCAAUGUCACCCAUGUGUCGUAUGUGCUGAUUUUGUUCAGCAUUGCUUUCCUGCUGUUCCUGUUUGUGAACAUGCUCAUUCACUUGUAUGCAGUCUAUGCCUGGGAACAGGACGACAAAGCUGAUGACGAGGCGCCUCAUCUAAACGGACGUGGCGACGGUGCUGGCUACAGCAGAGUGGAUCGUAGGACAAUAGGUGCAGACGAGUUCGAGUUGGAAGGUCUCGACUCCGACGAUGAUAGCAGUGUGACAUAUGGAAGCGGUAGCGGCAGCGGAAGAAGCAAGGAGAGUAGGUCGUUUGCUGCACAGCACUAG